AUGACUAACACUCUCAAAGUCAGAUUUGACCCCGCUCACAUGUACACCAGGAGAAGACGUCUUCAACGUCCCAAGAUCAUGCAGGGAGUUCGCAAGGAGGCUCCAAAGUGGGCUUUAGAGGCUGUGAUUGUGUGUGGAUGGCACAAGAGCUUUUCGGACUCUCGUAUCCAUAUAACUGUUGACUACGUAAACGGCACAAAGAGAGUUGCGAAAAGAUUUCAUGUCUACCCUUGGAGGCUUCUUAAGUGGCAGUCUGGAUGGAUUUGGAAGAAGAUACCCGGACAUUAA